UUUCCAUCGUCGUCGCAUUCAGAUCGGGUCCGUAUUUUUGCCUGAAUUUGCCUGAAUUUUGUGCUUUAAAAACGUGAAUCUGUGAUUAAAACGCCAGAUUAAACGCUUAUCUACGCGAAAGAAUUCAAAUAAAGGACAUCUCCGAUGUAUCUUACGGCAAAAUAGUGCGUCAAAGAAAAAAAUAUAAAUUCCUAUAGUGUCCGAGACGACGGAAAAAAAAAAUUGUUCCGUGUGUAGCGCGAGCAAAUAGAGAAACAACAACGCAAAGAGAAGAGUCCACACACAAGGCAGUGCAUGUUGUGAAAUAAUUCUAAUAGUGUAACAACAGCAUCAUCUUCUUCUGCAAUAAUUCCGCAACAGCAACCAUUAUCAGCAACAAAAACAACGUUAUUUCAAACAGCACAAACACCACAACAACAAACACAAACCAUGGAUAGUAAUAAGACAGCUGUACAAAAUGGUGAAACAAAAAAGAACGAGACAAAUAACGGAGUAACGUCACAACCGCAGUCAGUUCCGCCGUCAAAUGCAACAAAAUCACCGCCAUCAGUUAACACAUCCGCUGCAUCCCCAAACAAUAAUCACAGUAGUACUCCGCCGCCUGCAUCGCUAUUGCUGGGAAAGAACAACAGCAUAACAGGUCCAUUCACGAAGAAAGAUUCGACAGUCACGAAACGCAUCAGUUCCAAAUAUAACACGAGUUCGCAGCAAGGCGUGGAAAUUGAAACAUUACCGCCGCUUAAAGAUGCAUCCACGCCCGCUGAACGUGAAGAGCUGUUCAUCAACAAAUUGCGACAAUGUCGUGUCUUGUUUGACUUUACGGAGCCCUUGAACGACUUGAAGUUCAAAGAGGUUAAGCGAUGCGCCUUGCAAGAAAUGGUCGAUUUCCUUAUGAGCAACGAGCAACAGGGUAUUUUAACGGAAGCCAUUUAUCCCGAAGCGAUCGCAAUGUUUGCAACCAAUCUAUUUCGUACUCUUCCGCCCACGUCAAAUCCAAGCGGCGCCGAAUUCGAUCCGGAGGAAGAUGAGCCAACGCUCGAAUCGUCAUGGCCCCAUUUGCAAUUCGUGUACGAAUUGUUCCUACGCUUCUUGGAGUCGCCCGAAUUUCAGCCGCAACUGGCAAAGCCAUACAUUGAUCAACAAUUCGUACUGCAACUGCUUGACCUUUUCGACUCAGAGGAUCCGAGAGAAAGAGACUUUUUGAAAACCGUACUACAUAGAAUUUAUGGAAAAUUUUUGUCACUUCGUGCUUUCAUUAGAAAACAAAUCAACAAUGUGUUUUAUCGAUUUAUCUACGAAACGGAACAUCACAACGGCAUCGCUGAAUUAUUAGAGAUUCUCGGUAGUAUUAUUAAUGGUUUUGCACUCCCGUUGAAAGAGGAACACAAACAAUUCUUGCUUAAAGUAUUACUUCCAUUGCACAAAGUGAAGAGCUUGUCUGUGUACCAUCCGCAAUUGGCUUACUGUGUUGUUCAAUUUUUGGAAAAGGAUCCCAGCUUAACGCAACCCGUCAUUAUGUCCUUGUUGAAAUAUUGGCCAAAAACGCAUAGUCCCAAAGAAGUGAUGUUUCUGAAUGAGUUGGAGGAAAUUUUGGAUGUGAUCGAACCGGCGGAAUUUCAAAAAGUGAUGGAUCCGUUAUUCCGCCAAAUCGCCAAAUGCGUAUCGAGUCCCCAUUUUCAAGUUGCCGAACGUGCGUUGUACUACUGGAACAAUGACUACAUCAUGUCGCUCAUGAGCGAAAACUCGCAGACAAUUAUUCCGAUCAUGUUUCCGGCGUUAUAUCGCAACUCGAAGACGCAUUGGAACAAAACGAUCCACGGACUCAUCUACAAUGCCAUGAAACUCUUCAUGGAGAUGAAUCAAAAGUUGUUUGACGAAUGCAACAGGAACUUUACCGCAGAGAAGGCAACGGAACACGAAAAACUAACAGAACGCGAACAAUUGUGGCGCCAAGUCGAGGAUCUGGCAAGAAGUAAUCCCGUGUGGGAACAGAUGAUUGGCCAAAUGGAACGAAUAGACUUAUCAUCAAAAGACAACAGUAGAAAUGACGACGAAUAUUUGGGUGAUGGCAAUGCAAUCAAAAUCGAGAGCAUUGAUCAAAUGACACGAGAGGUGAAAAUUGAGCGGAACAAUGUGAUUAACAAAGAAAAACCAAUGAUGCGUCGUAAGUCAGAUUUACCUAUUGAUUCGGGGACCGCAAGAGCCUUGAUGAAUCAUGUACGCGCCGAUGAAUACUUGAAAACGCCACCCGAUGUAAAUAAGGCAUGAAUGAGAUGAUUGCAUUGCUGAGAUAACAAAUUAACCGAUUUUUUUCUUUUUUUCUAUUAAUUAUUAUUAUAUUAUUAUAUACGAUUAAUUUUAUCAUUAUUAUUAUUAAUUUAGUCCAUUUUGUAGCCGAUUCACACAUAUAUUUGUUAUUAACAUAUUUUUUUUCUUCUAAUUAUUUGUCACUUUUCGUUUCGUAACACAGUUCAUUUUAUCCUGUAUGUUUCGAAAAAAUUUUUAUACAUUAAAAAAAUUCAAAUAUUAUGAGCUGUGUCACACGCAU